AUGCUGGAGGCGGGGCAAGGGGCGGAGUCGUUGUCCCCUUUCGCGUCCAUCAUGAGCACUGGGCGGGGCUGGAGGACUAGGCGCCCAGCACCUCAUUUAAUCAGGUCCCUCUCGUGCCCCCCUGUUCUUGCAGCCCGUGCCCGGAUGGCAGCAGUAGUUCUAGGGGCAGACAUCAUGGGCCCGGAGCGUAUCUUCCCCAAUCAGACUGAGGAACUAGGGCCGCACCAGGGCCCCACGGAAGGCACUGGGGAUUGGAGCAGUGAGGAGCCUGAGGAAGAGCAGGAGGAGCCCGGGGCAGGCCCAGCUGGCUACUCCUACCAGCCCCUGAACCAAGACCCUGAGCCCGAGGAGGUGGAGCUGGCGCCGGUGGGGGAUGGAGAGGACGUAGUGGCGGACAUCCAGGAUCGGAUCCAGGCCCUGGGGCUUCAUUUGCCAGACCCACCAUUAGAGAGCGAGGAUGAAGAUGAGGGAGCUACAGCCUUGAGCAGCCACAGCUCUAUUCCCAUGGACCCAGAACAUGUAGAGCUGGUGAAAAGGACCAUGGCUGGAGUAAGCUUGCCGGCACCAGGGGUUCCUGCCUGGGCGCGGGAGAUAUCAGAUGCCCAGUGGGAAGACGUGGUACAGAAGGCUCUCCAAGCCCGGCAGGCAUCCCCUGCCUGGAAGUGACCACCUUGAGAGCUGCCUUAGCUCCCUGCAUUCCACUGGAACCAGCACAGGACUGAACACAUCCCUGGUUGUCACGCCCAUCUCCCUUCCACAUCAAGGCAAAUCAAACUUCUCAGAGACCCACUUUAUUCAGUCUGUACAUAUGGGGACAUCGGCCCAAGCCCAACCCACCAUAGCAUGUAUCACUCUGGAGAAUAAAGCACCCUGUGUACACAGCC